AUGGCAGAGAAUAACAAUUCCAGAAAUAUUAGAGGACGAGUGGUUCAAAAGGGCUACAAGCGCCCAGAGUUUGAUGAACAAUAUGACACCACAUUGGAUGAUGUGGAUGCUGUCUUCAAUGAUUCAGAAGAGCACCAUGUGACAGAAAAGAAAGAAGAAGAACCAGUAGCUCUGAACGCAUUUGAACUGAUUUCAAUGUCAGCAGGCCUAAACCUUGGAAACUUAUUCGACUCAGAGCAGGAGUUCAAAAGAGAAACAAGGUUUACAUCAAAAUGUCCACCCAAAGAAAUUGUCCGCAAGAUUGAGGAAGCUGCAAAACCUCUAGGAUUUGAUGUUCAGAAGAAAAAUUACAAGUUGAGGCUCGAAAAGGUAAAGGCAGGGAGGAAGGGAAACCUCAAUGUUGCUACUGAGAUACUGCAAGUUGCGCCCUCUCUUCACAUGGUAGAAGUCCGAAAAGCAAAAGGUGACACACUGGAAUUUCAUAAGUUCUACAAGAACCUUUCCAAGACCUUAAAGGACAUCGUCUGGAAAUCCGACGAUGUUCAAAUGCAAUAUGCUGCUUAG